CACACACACACACACACACACACACACACACACACACACACACGGAAGAGCCAUGCGCAUGCGCAGGAGAGGCGGUUUCAGGUUCUGCAGGAGACCUCGGAGAUCCAGCCCGUGUCCUCCCAAGAGGACCUUCUGCCAGGAAGCUCUGAAGAUAGAUCUUUGUAACUCUACUGCCUGAAUAUAGAGAUGCGUGUACACAGGGUUGUACUGAAUUCCCGACCUGGAAAAAAUGGCAACCCAGUGGCAGAGAAUUUCCGUAUAGAAGAAGCUAAUUUACCAGAUAAAUUAAAUGAGGGACAAGUAAAAGUCCGAACUCUUUAUCUCUCUGUGGAUCCUUAUAUGCGUUGUAGAAUGAAUGAAGAAACUGGUGUUGACUAUGUAAAGCCAUGGCAGCUCUCUGAAGUGGUUGAUGGUGGAGGUGUUGGAGUUAUAGAAGAGAGUCAACAUGCAAAUUUGGCUAAAGGCAAUUUUGUGACUUCUUUUAAUUGGCCCUGGCAGACUAAAGUUAUUUUAGAUGGAAAUGCCCUUGAAAAGGUAGAUCCACAAUUUGUGGAUGGACACCUUUCUUACUUUCUUGGUGCUAUUGGCAUGCCAGGAUUGACAUCUUUAUUUGGAAUUAAAGAAAAAGGCCACAUAACUGUUGGCUCCAAGCAGACAAUGGUUGUCAGUGGGGCUGCAGGUGCUUGUGGAUCGCUGGCUGGCCAGAUCGGCCAUUUGGAAGGCUGUUCCAGAGUGGUGGGAAUUUGUGGAACAGAUGAGAAGUGCUCCAUCUUGGUCUCAGAACUGGGCUUUGAUGGUGCAAUUAAUUAUAAGAAAGGGAAUGUGGCAGAACAACUCCGUCAGCUUUGCCCAUCUGGAGUGGAUGUUUACUUUGACAAUGUCGGUGGUGACAUCAGUGAUACUGUUAUGAGCCAGAUGAAUCAGAACAGUCACGUUAUCCUGUGUGGCCAGAUUUCUCAGUACAACAAGGAUGUCCCUUAUCCUCCCCCAUUGCUGCCUGAAGUAGAGUCAAUUCUGAAAACAAGAAACAUCACAAGGGAAAGAUUUCUGGUGUUGAAUUAUAAGGAUAAAUUUGAGUCUGGAAUUAUGCAACUUAGUCAGUGGUUUAAAGAAGGAAAAUUAAAGAUCAGAGAGACAGUGAUUGAUGGCUUGGAAAACAUGGGAGUUGCCUUCCAAUCCAUGAUGACAGGAGGCAACAUUGGGAAGCAAAUAGUUCAUAUUUCUGACUAAAAAUCUUUGUCCCUUCAUUGGAUUACACAAGAACAAGAACACUGAGCAGAUUUCUUUUCAACAUUAAACAGGAGAGAUUUCAGAGUUUAUUAAUAGAUAUAUGAGAUUAAUUAAACUAACUUAUUUUGUUUCAUCUUAUUUCAUAUUCUGCUGCAUUGGUGUUGGUUUCUUAGAAGCUUUAAUAAUUGUUAUUUCUUCCAAAUUUAAAUAUCCAAUAUAUAACAAGUUAUAUUGUAACAAAAGUCAGCAUGACCCAUUUUCCAUUUUCUUUCAGGAGCUAGUAUUAUGUAUGAUGUUUGUAUUAGAUAUCUGGAAGCCAGAGAAAAUUUUGGUACUACUUUCAAUAUUAUGAAUAAAAUGAUAAUUGAGAAGUUACUUUUUACUAAGA